CAGCGCACGAGUCCCAGCGUUAUCUUCCCUGGUUGUCUUAGCCAACAUCUCCUUCGAGCUAUUUACCAUCUAUGUAUCACACAUUAUUCGAGUCGAACCCUAGUACAACCUCGAGUGUUGCCACUCUUAUUACCUACCAACGUCUUCGCUUAUGAUAGCUAUUUAUCACUGACUAUAUCACUCGACUCUUCCCUCGUGACUUACCAUUCUCCGUCCGAUUCGAAGCUCGUUGCUACAUCUAGGCAGUGCGACUGUUAAGACGACUAAAGUGCAAAGACCUCGCGACCCGAAGCACGCCGGUUUUUCGUAUAAUAGAUGUGGUUGAGAUGGACAACUUCUUCGGCAAUCAGCUCUCUCAAGAGGAGCUGCAGCGCCGCCAUGCACAGCAACGUAGCCAAAGGCGCCAGGCUACCGCGAUGAACCAACAAAGCCAGCAGCCCCAGUACUGUUCCGUCACGGGCGCAAACCCGGAACCCCCCUUAGUAGGUGCCGACUCGCUCGACGAUAUCAUUCGUAGCAACUCUCAGGAGUUGCAUAGACGGCGAAGCCUGCCUCAGCAAUUUCCAGGCCAAAUGUCACAAACAGAGCCUGAUCGUAGGAUGUCGAUGAUGGAGUUUGGUAACGGCGAUAAUUCUUUCAGGGAUUAUCCCUUUGGAGUUAUGUCCAACUCAUCUGCUGACGCUAUGAACACCGGCUUUCCCAAUCUCAAUACCAAUAUAACCCUACCAGGGACCUCAGCCAGUUUCUCUUCUCCAACCAUGCUCGCCGAUGAUUUCUCAACGCUCUCGCCAGAUAUGGUGGGCAACAUGAUUGCCUUCUCUAACAUGAACAUGGGUCAAAUAGGCGCUGAUCCUUCUAUGAAUAUGUUUACGUCAGCCACCACAAUGCCUAACACAUUCCCCUCAAAUUCCAUGGAAGGAUUGUCGACUGAAUUCAACAUGGACAUAUCUAGCGAGGGCGACGCCUUGGGUGCUGUGGCCGCCAACUCUGCGACCGGCAUGCCCGUUGAUACUGGAGACGAUAGCAUCAUGAGUACUUCUCCACAAUUCUCCCCACCUACCCAGCACAACCACCAACAGGCAAGCCUUGGUAUUGAUACUACUAUGAAUGGGUUUCAACCUAGUAUCUCGCCGCAGUCCUCUGCGCAGGUGCCGCCCCAGACCCUUGUAUCAUCUACGCCUUCGUAUGAAUCCCCCAUGGCAACUACGACGGAAACAACCCCAGAGAGUGCUGCUCCCUCUCAACCAGUUACCUCGGCCAAUCCCGGGAUGAACUCUCAGCCCACUAAGGAGAAAACCAUUUAUUCUAAAAGUGGCUUUGAUAUGCUAAGGGCUCUUUGGCUCGUGGCUACGCGGAAGAGCCCGCAAGUAAACCUUGGCGCCGUGGAUAUGUCCUGUGCCUUUGUUGUCUGUGAUGUCACGAUGAAUGAUUGCCCUAUCAUAUACGUUUCGGACAAUUUUCAGAAUCUGACUGGUUACAAUCAACACGAGAUCGUUGGUCAGAAUUGUCGUUUCCUCCAAGCGCCAGAUGGUAAGGUCGAAGCGGGUACGAAACGUGAGUUCGUUGACAAUGGAGCGGUCUACAACCUCAAGCAAAAGAUUGCAGAGGGCAAGGAAGUCCAGCAAAGCUUGAUCAACUACCGAAAGGGGGGAAAGCCAUUCUUGAAUCUACUAACCAUGAUACCUAUCCCGUGGGAUACUUCCGAAAUCAGAUACAUCAUUGGGUUCCAGAUCGACCUUGUUGAAUGUCCUGACGCCAUCGCCUCACACCAGGGCCCCGGUACUAUGAAGGUAAAUUAUAAACACAGUGAUAUCGGUCAGUACAUUUGGACCCCGCCGGCAUCAAGUCAAUGGGAACCAGAGAAUGGGCAAACACUUGGAGUGGACGACGUGUCUACCCUGCUGCAACAAUUCAAUCCGAAAGGAUCUGUGUCCGAUUGGCAUCGACAAUCAUGGGAUAAGAUGAUAUUGGAGAAUGUUGAUGAUGUUGUUCACGUAUUAUCUUUGAAAGGGUUGUUCCUAUACCUGUCGCCAUCUUGCAAGCGGAUACUUGAAUACGAUGCUACUGAGCUGGUGGGAAGUUCCAUCUCGUCGAUAUCUCACCCUUCGGAUAUCGUCCCUGUUACCCGAGAACUCAAAGAUGCCACCAAUGGAAGCUCAGUGAACAUAGUGUUCCGCAUACGAAGAAAACAAAAUGGCUAUACUUGGUUUGAAAGCCAUGGUUCUCUAUUUGUUGAGCAAGGGAAGGGUCGAAAAUGCAUAAUUCUCGUCGGCCGAAAACGUCCAGUCUUUGCACUCAGUCGACGUGAGCUGGAAUCGAAUGGUGGCAUCGGCGACAGUGAAUUAUGGACAAAACUCUCCACCUCCGGCAUGUUUUUAUUCGUCUCGGCUAAUGUCCGAUCCUUAUUGGAUCUGCAACCAGAAAGCCUAGUGGGAACCAGCAUUCAGGAGCUAAUGCGUAAAGAAUCUCGAGCCGAGUUUGGGCGUUCCAUUGAAAAAGCAAGGAGAGGGCGCAUAGUGACUUGCAAACACGAGGUACAAAACCGCCGAGGCCAGGUUCUCCAAGCCCAUACUAUAAUGUAUCCAGGCGAUGCUUCAGAGGGUCAGAAGCCGACAUUUUUACUUGCUCAGACCAAGCUAGUCAAGGCCUCUUCACGAGCAACCGGACCGGCCGUGUCUACCUUAUCAGGCAGGCAAGGUUCCGCAGCUCAUUCGUCUAACGAUCCGAAGACGAUGACUGGUUUCGCCGUGCUGCAAGGCGGUCAUAUGCCCGAUGAGCAGCGUACUGGUGUUCUAUCCGCAGCUGCGGGCGGAAGCAUGGCCCCUGGUAAUCAAGAUAGGGCACUGGCCUCCGACGACAACAUUUUCGACGAACUCAAGACAACAAGAUGUACUAGUUGGCAGUAUGAAUUACGGCAAAUGGAGAAAGUGAAUCGUGUGCUGGCUGAAGAGUUGCAUGGGCUUUUGUCUAACAAGAAGAAGCGCAAGCGUAGAAAGGGGGUUGGAAAUUUUGUACGGGAUUGUGCCAAUUGCCACACUCGCAACACGCCCGAGUGGCGAAGAGGUCCGAGUGGCCAGAGGGACCUAUGUAACAGCUGCGGCCUUAGGUGGGCAAAGCAGACGGGCAGGGUCUCUCCACGAAAUUCUUCUCGUGGGGGCAACGGCGACGCGGCAAGUAAGAAAUCCAACUCGCCUGUGCACUCAUCCCCAUUGCAACGAGAACUUCCCACGGUCGAGAUCACUGAGCAGCCUUCCGAGACGGAUACCAGCACAACGGUGAAUAGAUCUUCUGGAUCUAGUGCGGUUCCUACGCCCAGCAGCGUCAAUACAACGCCAACAGGUUCCAGGGCCUUUACAAUGCCUCCCCCGAGCCAACCUCUUCUUGGGAGUGGUGUCAUCGGUAGUGAAAUGACCGCCAUCCAAGAAGAACGGGAGGUAAGCAUGUAAAAGAAAAAGCCUCCUGCGAUGUCUUCUUUCCGUUCUAUCCGAUUCUGAUUCUUACCCUUUUAUACGAUUCUAUUUAUGAUUGUGCAGAGAUACCACCCAAAACCCGUUUCUUCACUCUGUUUUCUCUUUCUCUCACUUUGUUUCCGCAGCGGCAAAACUUGAUAUGAGUGU